UGACAGUCUGUCUCUUCUCGUGGGUUGCCCCUGCCACCCUUUCUCAUAUCCUUCCACGUGCUCUCUCUCUCUCUCUCUCGUGUUGUUGUUUCGCAUUGCUCUGAGCAAAAGAUUCAGCCUUUAGUCCCCAAGCUUGCAAUGGCUUCGAUCAUCGAAUCUGGGUGGCUGAAUUUCCUUUUGGUGAUGCAGUAUCUGACCACACAUUUCAAUGACUUUCAACUGGCAUGUCUGGGAAGUUUCUUCCUCCAUGAAAGUGUUUUUUUCUUAUCGGGACUUCCUUUUAUAUUUCUUGAGAGGGCAGGUUGGCUGAACAGAUACAAAAUUCAGACGAAAAAUAAUAGUCCAGCAGCUCAGGAGAAAUGUAUUACUCGCCUAGUACUCUAUCAUUUUGGUGUCAAUCUUCCGGUUAUGCUUGUCUCAUAUCCCGUCUUCAAAUACAUGGGCAUGCAAAGUAGCCUACCAUUGCCGUCCUGGAAGGUAGUUUUAACACAGAUAUUAUUCUACUUCAUCCUUGAGGAUUUUGUAUUCUAUUGGGGACACCGGGUUCUGCAUACAAAAUGGUUGUACAAGCAUGUCCACAGUGUCCACCACGAAUAUGCCACACCUUUUGGACUGACUUCAGAAUAUGCUCACCCUGCUGAGAUACUCUUUCUUGGUUUUGCUACCAUUGUUGGUCCUGCUAUCACUGGACCCCAUUUGAUAACUCUGUGGCUAUGGAUGGUACUGAGAGUCUUGGAGACUGUUGAGGCACAUUGUGGUUACCAUUUUCCAUGGAGCCUCUCAAACUUCUUGCCUUUGUACGGGGGAUCUGAUUUUCAUGACUAUCACCACCGUUUGCUUUUUACUAAGUCUGGAAACUACUCGUCAACUUUUACUUACAUGGACUGGGUAUUUGGAACUGAUAAGGGUUACAGAAGGUUGAAAGCUCUGAAGAAUGGUGGAGUCGAAGAUGACAGCAAGCAAAAGUAAACAGCGGAAAGUCUUUUCUAAAUACCCGGGCAUCAAGAUGGUGCUUCCUCAUUUAAAACCAUUUUAGAUGUCUUGUUCUAUCCUUGGUCUCUCUCUCGUCUUGUGUGAAACCACUUUUUUGUUUGUUAGAUUGCUGUUUUGUGGAAUCAGCGGAAAGCUUUAUUCGGA